GCCGUGCGUCCGCAUCCGCGUAUUAGGAAACAGCCCCAUCGUUGCGACCCCCUUCCCCUUUUCUCUCGCGCUGCGAUCCCCUCCCGCAGCAAGCGCUUUUCUCGGUCGCGCGAUCCCCUCCGAUCAGCAUCAAGCGCUCUUCUCGAUCGCGCCCCGAUUCCCUUUCUGAUCGCGAGCGCUGCCACGAGCGCCGUCGCGUCCGCCGCCACGAGCUCACCGGUGGCCGCGUCCGCUCAAACCCUGGUCUCGAGCACCGUCGCGACCGCCGCCGCGAGCUCACCGAUGGCUGCGCAUCGCGAUCCCAUCCUGCCCAACGCCGCAAAAGCGCUCGCCGGUGGCCGCGCGCGCCCGCUUUCUGAGCUCGCCGGUCAUGCUCAUGCCGCCGCCCUCCGCUGUCCCGCAUCCCGCUGCCUCGCGCUGCCACCCAGGGGCGGAUCUACCAAUCUAGCAUGGUCUGGCGGCCGCCACACCUUCCGCCAGCGAGAACCCCCUGCAUCCCUUCUAGCCGAGCGGCAUGCCGACGUCUCCCUUAUGCGCGCCACACCUCACAAGUAUGCUACGCGGAGCUGAGGCCCAGCGGAAGGCAUUUUCUGAUGGAAAGCUACUGCAAUUCUGCUGUAGCAAAGAAAAGAGAUCUGUUUCGUGCAUUGUUAUGAGCAUUGUUGUUCCCCAACCGAGUGCAGUGGAGAACCUAGAGAUAUCUCUGAAGCAUAUCCCGUCAAGAAAGAAUAAAACGUUACCUGAUCAACUCUUUGAUCUCAAAAGUAAGGAACAGGAAUUGCAUGAUCCCAAUAAAGACCUAAGGAAAAAGGACUCCUUGACCAUCCGAGCAAUGAUCCUUCGCUGCAGAUCGUGGAUGAGAUGGAAACCUUCACCACCCUAAGUGUCAACAAGACGAAGGACGCUAACACAUCAUAGUAUAGUUGCUAACACAUCAUAGUAUAGUUGCUAAUAUAUCUGUUGUAUUCUACCGUUUGAUGAGCAAAGCACACAUAUAUUUUUUUAUAUUGCACACUUCUCAACUUUAGCAGUUUUCAUGUAUUUAAAGAUGUGGGCUUCUCUUUGUGAAAGUUUUCAUAUAUAUUGCACAUUUCUUAAUAUUGGUUGUUUCUAUGUAUUUAAACAUGUGGUCCUUGAAUC